CGGUCAUUCAAAGCCAAUCGUGACCAACGGAAUAAAAUAAAUAAAUAAAAGCAAAUUCAGAGAUCCAGCCUCAGGAUUCAGAGAAACAGAAACCCUAGUAAUGAAAUUUUAGAUCACCCAUCCCAAUAUAAGAGAGAAUUAUACAAGCUAUUAAUUUUAGGACCGUCGAGAGGUUGAUACCCAGGGAAGCUAAAUGGGGAAGAAGAAGAAGAGAGUGUCCUCCAAGGUUUGGUGCUAUUACUGCGACAGGGAAUUCGACGACGAGAAGAUUCUGGUGCAGCACCAGAAGGCCAAGCACUUCAAGUGCCAUGUCUGCCACAAGAAGCUCUCCACGGCCGGUGGCAUGGCCAUCCACGUCCUCCAGGUCCAUAAAGAGGCCGUUAACAAGGUUCCUAAUGCAAAACCUGGUAGAGAGUCAACCGAUAUUGAAAUAUAUGGAAUGCAAGGAAUCCCACCCGAUAUCUUGGCUGCUCAUUAUGGAGAAGAAGAUGAAGAUGCACCAGCAAAAGUUCCCAAAGUGGAUUUUCCAUCUGCUCAGCUCAUCGGUGGUGCAGUGCCAGGACUUGGUGUUGCAUAUCCUCAAUCAACUUUUGCUGCAGUGCAACCAAUUUAUGGUUCUACAGUACCUGUGCCCCCUGCAGGUUGGCCAGUUCCUCCUCGUCCACCAUGGUACCCACAGCCUCCAACAAUUUCUGUUCCUCCACCUGCUCCAAUAGGAUAUGCUCAACAACCAUUGUUUCCUGUUCAAAAUGUUAGAGCUCCACCUCCAUCAACUUCUUCACCUGCAGUCCAACCUUCACAAGUUACUCCUCCUGGACUGCCCUCAUCUACACCUCCUGCUCCUGUGGCACAACCAUUGUUCCCUGUUGUUAGCAACAGUAUACCUACUCAAAGUUCACCAUUUUCAGCUCCUUUGCCGACAACUGUUCCACCAAACUCACUUGCAGAAGUCAAAGUCUCAGUUGAUCUGCAUUCGGUUAACUUUACUGUCACAAGUGGCUACCAUACCCCAGGUACAUUAGUCAACUCACAUUCUUAUGCUUCGGGUCCAAAUACAGGUGGUCCUUCAAUUGGACCACCCCCUGUGAUUGCAAACAAAGCUCCUGCUACUCAACCUGCUGUCAAUGAGGUCUAUUUAGUAUGGGAUGAUGAGGCAAUGUCCAUGGAAGAAAGAAGAAUGUCGUUAUCCAAGUAUCAGGUGCAUGAUGAAACUAGCCAGGUAAGUUAUAACUACCUCUUUAAAGUAUGGAGUUGCUUUGAGCAUCUAACCAGAUGGGUAGGUGUUAUGCUUUGUGUUCUCAGAUACAAUUGUUUAAGUUCAGUGCAUUAUUAGAGAGGUAUUUCUAUAUGAAUUCCCAUUUGUUUCAUCCUUUUUUCAAAAUGAAAACAAAUAGAGUGGAAUAUUUGAGCGUUUCAAUAAAGUUUCUUUUGAUUUCAAACUGAUGUUGAUGGGCAUGCUGUUUAAUUAAAACUGCCAUAUCUCCGGUUUGCACGCAAUGCCUUCAACUGUGUGCGCGUGAAAAGAUUCAAGUAGGUAUUUACUUUAUUUUUGCUGGUAAUUAGUAGUCAUUUACAAUUUUGACAAGCUUGCUGGAAUCGACCUGAGGGAUUCUCCCGUCUAUCAUGACACUCAGUAAAGACGCAACUGUAUGUAUUUGCUCUUAAAAUUUGGAAUGAUUUCUUAUUCUCCCUAUGCUUGAUUCAAAAAGUGUGGGAUUUUUGGGUUGGAACAAGAUCAUAGAAAGAUUUUUGUCCACCCGUUGCAUUUGCAAAUUAUUUUUAUGAUCGCACAGUGAAAUCAGACUUGGCCCAGGUCAGCUUCUUCUGCAUAAGUUUGCUAUCUCCUGCAUAGGAUCAAAGUUUAUUACAUGCCGACAGUGAAGCUUCAAUAAUUCCUUUCUGAUCAUAAUGUAUGUAUGGUCCUGUUUCAGAUGAGCUCAAUUGAUGCAGCUAUUGAUAGAAGGAUAUCAGAAAGCAGGCUUGCUGGUCGAAUGGCAUUUUAGUUUAACACUGGAGGGGUUUGCAGAGAUGCUAGGGGUUUGCAGAGAUGCUCAUUCCUCAGCAGGAACCUUACAAUAGAGAGUCCAGAUGUUUAGGAGUUUUUGUUGUUAUUCUUUGAAGAAGUGAGGUAGGGGAGUCAUUAUUUUUUUGAAAGAUUGGAGAUUGGAGGAUUAAUCUUUCUAUUCCUCCCUUCCCCCGACCCAAGAAAAAAUGGAGGGUUGUCAGGAGCAAAAGACCUUUGGAUAUUAUUAGGUUUUUGUGGAUUUCAUUGUUUUAAUAACAUGUUAGAGAACAGUUUUUGCGUUGUACCUGGAGUUAAAUCUUAGCUUAGAAACAAUGUUACCCCAGUAACUUGUUCUCAUUAGUGUCACUGUUUGUUGCCA